AUGGUCGAUUCAGAGAAGGGCCAGUUCGCGUUCACCUUGACACCAACGGCCCAAGAAUCGCAUACCCCGGAGCCAGUGGUAGAAGAGACCAAUGUACAGUCCGACAGUCUGAUGUUCGAUCAGGCUCCUCUUGAAGAUGGCCGAAGCAAUCUCAACCCAGAGCGGGGGGAUGAGUGGGCCGCUCUAGAGAAGCGGGUACGAUGGAAAGUCGAUCUCCGUCUCUGUAGCAUCGGCGGGCUCUUAUGCAGUCUCAAUUUGCUGGACUCGGGCAUUUUGUCCUCGGCUUCGGUAACGAGUAUGCUCGAUGAUCUGGAUUUAAACCAGGGAAAUCGGUACUCCGUCUCCAUCUUUAUUUUCACAAUCGCCAGUGUGGUCUUCCAGCUGCCAUGUACAGUGGCAGUUCGCUUUAUCGGUCCACGCAUCUGGUUUGCGACAAUCACAUUCACAUUUGGGCUGUUGACACUGUGCACUGCUUUCGUUCACACCUGGCAGCAGAUGAUUGUCCUGCGUGUGUUGCUCGGUAUUUCCAUGUCCGGUAUCUACCCUGGCCUGACUUACCUGGUUAGCGCCUGGUACCCGCGACGAGAGCAACAGCUCCGAUUUGCAUUCCUGCAGUCCGGAGAAGUUGUGAUUCUGGCGACUGGCAAUAUCGUCAAUUUCGGUCUUAAUCAUUUAAACGGCGUAGCCGGGUUGGCGGGUUGGCGCUGGAUGUAUAUUGUCCAGGGUCUCAUUACUUGUGUCCUGGGUCUCGUUACAUACUGGUGGAUGGUCGACUUCCCCGAGAACGCCCAGCGCAGCUUUUUCUUUCUUUCGGACCAGGAGGCGCGUGUCGCAACACGCCGAAUUCAAGAUGAUCGAGCUGAUGUUAUCCCCGAACCGUUUUCUUGGGGCACGCUUCUUGCUAAUUUCAAGGAUCCCAAGAUCUACGGCUUUGCGGUCAUGUUCUUCUUGCUCAAUCUCAUCUCGACAGCCUUGUCAUAUUUCUUACCCAUCAUCUUACAAUCCGGCAUGGGUUUCAGCUCAAAUAAAUCAAUUCUGCUCUCCACACCGCCCUACUAUUACGCCGUAAUCCCGGUGAUUCUCACCUCACUAGUCGGAGAUUUCUACCGCGUUCGUGGGCCGCUGAUCAUCUUCAAUGCUCUUGUCCUCAUAGCCGGGUUCCUGAUGUUCGGUCUUCCUGCAUCAACCUCGGUGCCAGUGCGUUACAUUGGAACCUUCCUAGCGACCGGCGCUUAUAUCUCGAACUGGGCUGCCCUCAAUGCUUUCCAGGCCAACAAUAUCGUGGGCCAGUGGAAACGAGUAGCUACUGCUGCGGCGGUCACUGCAUGUAAUGGGCUUGGGGGUGUGGCAGGCAGCUACAUUGUCCGCCAGCAAGAAGCCCCGCACUAUCAGACCGCAGUUUGGGUGUCGGUUGGUUCUCACAUUCUUCUCAUUGCGAUCGUGGGUGCAUUUGCAGUUUACUUUUACACCGUCAAUCGGCAGCAAGGGCGGGGACUAAAGGUCCUUGAGGGUGUGUCUGGCUUUAGAUACACUUAUUAA